CGGGGCCGACAUUUCUCACCAGCUUUGCAGGAGCGAAGGAGGACAAAGAGGAGAAGAAAGGAGGCAGCAUGUCCAACGUUCUGCUGAGGAGGAACUCCAACAAACAGAGUUUACAGAACCUCAUGAGACUGACAGCUCAGAGGAGCAUCGAGGAUGCUGAGGAGGUGGAGCGGGAGCGCCGGCGAAGAGCUCGCGAGGCUUCACUGCGCAUGAAGAGUGGCUCAGCGCCCGGAGAGUCGUCCCCGGAAAACGAAAUGUCAGCCGAGGAAAACGCGUACGAUGGCGUCCUGAAGCCAAGCAGCUCGCCGUCCUUGGAGGAGGACGAAGGUUUCAGCGACUGGACUCAACGCCAAGAAAGACGUCGGCAGCAACACCUGCAGGAGCUCAGUCAGGACAGAGUCUGGACAGAAGAGGACACAACCGGAACCGAACACACCGUCCAGACCUCCGGUUCCAGUUGGCUCCAGAGACGGCGGGAAGAAGAGUCGGAUCAAAUGGAGACGGAGAGAAGGAAGAGACGAGAAGAGGAGGCGAUGGACAGGGUGAGGAGAGAGAACCAGAGGACAGAAGAGGAGCAACGGAGGAGGGAGGAGCAAAUGACGGCGAUGAGAAGGAGGCCAGCUGAGGUGGACCAAAGAGAAGACGUGAAAGUUUCCUACACGUCGAAGGUUUUCCUCCAACAAGAGCCAAAGUUUGUCAUCAACACCAACGAAGAAGCCAGUGGUCACAUGACGUCAUACCAGAACAACAACAAAACAAAAAGGUCCAAGAGAGCAGUGCAGCAGGAAGAGGCGGAGCCUAUCCUGCAGCCGGCACAGCGCCCGGAGAAGAUCCAGCAGGAGAAGGAGAUCCAGGAGCAGCUACGACAUCGUCAGGAGGAGCAGGAGCUGGAGGAGCUAAAGAGGAGGAGAGAGGAGAGACGUCAUGUCCGGGAGGAGGAGGAGCAACGCCGCAGGGGGGAGGAGGAGCAACGCCGCAGGGGGGAGGAGGAGCGUCAUCGGCUGACGAAAGAGGAUGAGGAGACGAGGAGGAUGGAAGCAGCAGAGAGGAUGAAGAGCCUGAGGACGUCUGGCGAGGACGGGGACGAGAACCUCAGUCCCAAAGCUCCAAACCACAAGAUCUCUGAGAGAACGGAGUCCCUGAGCCGCUCGCUGAAGAAAAGUAACAGCUUGAAAAAGUCGCAGCCUCUCGGUCUGCUGCCGAAGAUUGACAAGUUGGAGCAGUACGCCCACGCGGUGGAGACGUCCCACGAGGCUCGGAUCGCGAAAGUGGCGCUUAUCGACCUGCCGAGCUCGCCGGAGGUCGUGGCCUCCAAGAAGAACCUGUUUGAGGCUGGAGAAGCUCUAAGCCAAAGUUCUGCCAGAGCAGCUUCCUGUAAGGAGGCUGAGGGGCUGAAGGUAGGCGUGUCCAGCCGCAUCACGCAGUGGGUUAAGAGCACGUCGGAAGGCGGCGGCGGCAGACACUCAACCUGCAGAUCUGCAGACGUGAAGCCCGGUGAUGUGAUGCAGAAGAAGAACAUGUGGGAGAUCAUCAGCGAUUCAUCAGGGAGGGCAGGGCAGAGGGCAAAGGGCUCAGCAGGCAGCAAACGAUACAAAUUUGUGGUCACUGGUCACGGCAAGUAUGAGAAGGUCUGCGUGGACAAGGACGGAGAUGAAUUCACUCACGGAAAGUCUGAGUUUUCGGAUUGCUGAUGUGGUUUCUUUGGAUCUUGAUGAGAAACAGCAGCAGCUUUUACAGAUUUGAUAUUUCACAGUUCACUGAUGAAUCACCUUUUUCUUGUUACUAUGUAAUGUUUUUUUUUUCAUAAGUGUUACUUGUUGCUUUAAAUUCUUAGUGUGUCUGCAGAAAGUUUACUUGCGUCACAGCUGCCGUGUGACCUCAGAGGACAUGCCCAUUUCCAGCAACAGGCAGAGACGAGCGACCUGAAGAUGUUUGGUUUUUUUAUGCAUCACUUCAGUAUUUUUGACUUAAAGUUCAUAAUCAGAUUUCAAACCACUUUAUGAUCCAUAUUAACCUGCUGAAAUGUGAACACGACCCCUCUAAAAAAGUUUUAUAUUUCGGUUUCCUCUUUGAUAUGUUGUUUAUAAAUAUCCUAAAAUCAAGCAUUGCUUAUCUCUGAUUGAUUGAUUGUAUGACACGUUAGAUUUUCCAAUCAUGUAGAAUUAAUCAGUCUUUGAUAUUAAUCUGUUGGACGCUCCAGGAAAAUGACGCACUUUGUCCAAAAUGUUUGAUUUUUCAGAACACUGAUAUUAUUGACUCCGCUGGCUGAUCUUGGAUCAAAGCCAAUGAUCUGAGAUCAGCUGAUCACAGAUGGGCUGAUGAUCUGAGAUCAGCUGACGUCACAUUCUGGGCGUUUGGAUAAAAACUCUCUGGUGCCUUCAGACAUUUCAAACGAACUUUCUCUUGUGUAUUUCUCAAUUAAAUUAAUUUCCUGCU